ACCUACAAAACAGCUGCCUGAAUAUCCAGAAUUUGUUUUCAUUUUGCACAUUAUUAAAUUCACUUUGAUAAUGGAUAAACUAACGACAAUUAGUGCAACGCUAUUCAUGGCCGCCGAUGUUUUUGCUAUCGUGAGCCUGGCCCUACCGGAUUGGAUAAUCACAGAGUCCGGAACUGGUGACAUCCGGCUGGGCCUUAUGUGGACCUGCAUGACUCUGUAUAACCGGCCACAGGUGUGCUACACCCCCGAUCUGCAGCCCGAGUGGCUAGUCGCCCUGAUUUGCAUAUUCCUAGGCUGUAUUUGUGUGACCACCACCGUCAUUCUUCUGGCCUCUUCCUCCUGCAAUCGAAAUGUGAUCCCCUACGCCCGCUGGGUGGGAUUCACGGCCAUGGUGCUGUUCUGCAUGGCGGCGGUUGUCUUCCCUCUGGGCUUCCACAUCGAGGAGAUUGGCGGUCAGGCCUACCAGCUGCCCAAUACCUUCAAGAUCGGCAUUUCGUACAUUAUGUUUGUGCUGGCUUUGUGGAUUACGGUGGUGUCGGAGCUGUUUGCCGGAAAGGUCUGUCUGCCGCACUUCUAGAGGCGCGAGGAUGGCUUUCCUGGCUUCCUGAUAUCGUUUGCAGUUUGCUCUGUGAUUUGUUAUACCUUCUGUUUCUCCCUGAUUUCCCUAGCCCUGGAUUCUCUAGAGUCCAAGCCCAACUCGAAGUCCCCCUAGCAAUUAAGAACUUUUAGUUGUAAAGCUCCAAUAGAAAGGACUCAUGUCUGAAGAUUUUCACUCACUCGGAACUCGUUCUGACCAAAAGAUAGUACAAUUUUAUUUACAAGCAGGAGCUAUACGGCAAGAAUCUCUGUCUUGCAUACCUACUCAAAGCGUCCCUAGAUUUAAGAUGCCGUACUUUAUGUUUCUAUAAGUAUUCAGUUGUAUUUUAAACAGGAUUCACUCACUAAAAUAUAGGUAUUCUUUAGAAAAACCUUUCUAAGCGGACACUUUAUCUUGCAAUAAUUUAGAUUGGUAUAAGCUCGAAUUUUAUUUAAGGUUUUGUAUUCAUUAAAAUAUAUAUAGCUUAAGACAUACAAGCUAAAACACACGA